UCAGUGUCUCCAGCAGUCCUUUCUCCUCUCCGCACAUCUUCGGUCUUCUGCGCGUUGCAUGGUGAUCGGCUCUUACUUUAUGAAAGCUUCAAGUUGUGCUGUAAGGCUGGUGCACACAGGUCACGCUCGGUCACUUGUAUGUGCUGACCUCAGCUCGUCACCCUCUAUAGAGUCGCGUAGCGGAGAACGUUGCUAUGUCUCCUUUCAUUAUCCGAAAGUACCGAGAUUCCGACUAUGACGCGGCCCGAAAUUUGUUUUCUAGCGGCGUUGUAGAGAACAGCGGCCGAGCCUUUAGACACGCCUUGCAGCUACCGCACAUCUGGCUUCUGUUGUCCGCUCUGCUCCUCCUUCCUGCGUUACGCGUUGUGUCCAUUGGCCAUUCCAUCCUUGCCGCGGCCCUGGCAUUGGCCGGAUUGUGGUUCGGAUGCCGGUAUUUGUAUACGGAGUACGUCCAGUUUUCCCUCUCGGACGACAUGCUGAACAUCCGGAAGUACUACUUGGAGCGGGACGGUUACGGCUUCUGGGUGGCGGAGUCGGGAGGAGAGUUGGUGGGGACGGUGGCCGCCCUUCCUUCUUCGGAACCCGGCGGAGAAAAACACGUGGAACUGAAACGUCUUUCGGUGUCUAAAAACCACCGCGGUAAAGGCAUCGCCAAGGCUUUGUGUAGGACGGUGAUGGAGUUCGCCCGGCGGAGAGGUUGCGAGGCGGUGGUGUUAACGACCACUUUAUCCCAGAUCGGUGCCUGGAAGAUGUAUGAGAAGAUGGGCUUCAGGCAAACUAAUGUAUUUAUUCCACCGAUCUUCAGGUUCAAAUUUGUGGACUUUAAAGUGUUGGCCUACCAGUAUGACCUUCCAAACCAUCGAUGACGUCUUCAACCUGAUGGAAAAUCCUUGAGAUAAUAUCUCACGAGAUGCUGAAAUAAUAAGCUCUCAUUCUCGUAAACAUUAUAUACCGAUGCUUUUCUUUUUGGUUGUACCACCACCAAAGAUCUAACGUAAAAAGUGUGAUAUAUGCUCAUGGCUAUGGAAAUGAAACUCUAAAAAAUAAAUAAAUGCGUAACCACCUAGAACAA